GUAGAGUUGUAGAGAUAGAGGAGAUUCUAACUUCCUUGGUUGAUGAGGUGGUUGCUGCUUUGUUGUUGAUCUGAAGCCAUUGAAGCAUCUGAAGAGGGUACUGUAAAGACUGAGAAGCGGGAUCCUAACUUCUUUCGCUGAUGAGGACCCCAUCCCCCAGUAUAUUUUUCCGCAACGCAUUCAGCGCAGCGCAAAUCACACGACACUGCCCCCCUCGCUCUCUCUCUCUCUCUCUCAUUCGUUGAUAUGGAAGACCAGCAGCUCGCAACUCCGACGUCCAGCAACGUCGACGGCGGAGACGGCUCCGUGCAUUCCACGCCAGACCUCGAAAGCUCCGACACUGGCGAAUCCACCGUCUUCCACGAGUCCAGCGCGCAUUACGACGACGUCGACAGCACUUGCUCCACACCUUACGUCAGCGCUCCGUCGAGUCCCAGCCGCGGCGGCCUUGGCGGUGGCGGAUUCUUCUAUAGUGCUCCCGCGAGUCCAAUGCACUUCUUGCUCUGUUCCUCUCGGACCUCUCCGAACUUCGCGCCUCCGGUGUCCGAAGCCUCAAUGUCGGCCUCGUUCGAGUUCGACUUCUCAGCAAGGUUUGGGAUUGGAACCACAGGUUCGGCGUUGGCAGGAUCGAUGAGCUCGGCUGACGAGUUGUUCCUCAACGGCCAGAUCCGGCCGAUGAAGCUCUCAACGCACCUGCAGCGGCCUCAGCUGCUCGCUCCGCUUCCGGAUCUGGACGAAGUUGAAGCCGAUUCCGAGGCUACAUUGGACAAAGCUGAGAGGAAUGAGCCACGAGGACGAGAGGUGAAAUGGCGAGAUAGGUCUCUGCGGAGAAGAACCAGAUCUAUGUCUCCUCUAAGAACGUCGUCGUUUCAGUGGCAUGAAGGUGCUGAGGAACGAGCACAGACUGAGAGCAAGAGGAACAAGGAGGAACUGGCGUCAACUGAAACAACGCCAUCCUCGUCGAGGUCGUCCUCGGUCAGCCGUAGCUCGAGGAAGUGGGAGUUAUUGAAAGAUUUUCUGUACAGAAGCAAAAGCGAAGGAAGGAACAACGGCCACAAGUUCUGGAGCUCAAUAUCGUUCUCGCCAGUGUCCAAGGAAAGGAAGACAGCAACUGAGUCGACUGCAACUGAGACAAAGAAGGUGAAGCAGAGUCAGCCGAGUGUAAAAGAGCCUACAUCGAGCAAGACGAAGAAGGUGAAGCGUAGGAGGGCAGUGCCACCACCGUCGCCGCAUGAGUUGCAUUACACGGCCAAUCGAGCGCAAGCAGAAGAGAUGAGGAAGAAGACGUUCUUGCCCUACAGGCAAGGCUUGCUUGGCUGCUUAGGUUUCAGCUCAAAGAGUUACGGUGCGAUGAAUGGACUUGCUAGGGCUUUGAACCCUGUUUCUUCCGGGUAAUAAAUCUGUCCGUGGGGACUGUUCUGGUUCCGAAGCGAAUUAAUGUAUAGAUAAUAGGAUUUACCCUCUUUUCUCCACUCUUUUUUACUUUGCUUUUUCUUUCGUUUCUUUUUGUAAUAUUUAAAUUUGGGACUUGGCCUCCUGUUUUGUAGCUUGAAAACAGGCAGGCUCUUGGUUCUAGAGAUUCAGAUUUCGUUCGAGCUAAUGGAAAAUAUUCCACGUCCUCUUGCCUUCCCCCAUUUUCCUUGUAAACUAUGUAAUGGUAUGAAAGUUGAAACUAGUCCAUGCUCUCUCUCUCUCUCUCUCUAGGGUCUGGGCUUCCCCAUUUUCCUUUGUAAAGAUGUAAUGAUAUGAAUGAAAAACCAAUUCAUGUCUUCACGAUCUCUCUCUCUAUAUAUACACACACAUUUAUAUA